AAUGCAUGGAAGUUUAUAGUAUUUUGACUGAAUUUUUUUGCACUUGCGUGCACCGGUCGGGCCAUUUUAAUUUGCUUCGCUAACCUGCACCACGCAUGUUUUAAUUGGCACAGUUGGAUCGGGUUCUUUGAGGACCUGAACCCAGCACGGCUGGAAGAAUCAUGAUGCGGGACAGCAUGGAUUUUCUCGGUUCUUUCGAUGCGGACGAAAGGUACUUGAUGAAUGCACGACCAAGAGGAACGUGGAAUCAAAGGACGAGAUUGGAGAAACUCCUUUUAAUUUUUCUUGGAUUAUUGUGUGUCGCAUUGGUAGGAUUUAUAAUUGGUGUUGCUGUCUUGGACUCUAAAGUAAAUCAACUGCAAUCUGACAUCGGGGCAUUGAAAAGUGGAAGCAAAACAACAACAGCACCUCCUUCAACGUUUCCAUGUGAGUCUUCUGACUUCGAUCUUCUUCUUUAUUGA